CGCUCUCUUUCCGUCCUUAUACGUCUCCUGUCUGACUCAGAGGUUCCUGAUCAAUAGUCUCCGUUAGUCUGUUGAAUCUGACCGCGACAUGGUCAAUUAUUGUUGAUCGAUCAAAUCAGGCCUCCCUUUUCUGCCUAUACAUGCCUCGCCUACAUUUAUCGUCUCGAGCACCAUGAUCACGAUAGCCAGUAUAUCAGUGGGCUCCAGCAUCUUCUUCACUUUAGCCCUCCUUAUAAUCUCCGUGCUUGUGCUGCUACUCCUCCGACGGUUCCUGACUCUGCGAGCGACGCCGGCAUAUUUAUCCAUCCCCGUCUUUCUUGCGCUUGCUCUUCCCGCCAGUGUAGUUCUUCUAGUACCCAUUGACCUGGCCUCGAGCUCCCGUGACAAGGGCGACCGUCCCAACGCGAUAUGGCUUCCUGAACGCCUUCUUUUGGUCUCCUGGCGCAUCGCCUACUGGUUGAUCUUCGUCCUCACCUGGGCCAUUCUUCCAUUACUAGGUGAAUAUAUCGACUCCGGACACCGCGAUGGCAAAGCCCGUAUUCAAUAUUCCGUCCGUUCCAACGCACGAUAUCAGAUGAUCGUCCUAGGAUGUGCGACUGUGGGCCUUAUCUACAUUUCCAUUCAGAAUGGGUUUGAGUUCUCUACCAUCAAAGCCCUCGCCAUGGCCCUGGCUUAUGUGUGGGGUCUCGUCCUUGCAAUCUACCUAAUGGGACAUGGUUUGGUUUCUAUACCUCGUACACUCUUUCGCAAUGCAAGUGCCAGUGGCAGAUUACGGAGGCUCCAGUCUCAUGCACCGUUAAUGCAUGAUCGCCUGAUGGAUGCCAUUAAUGAUCUGGAGACCCUCGAGGCCCAGGUAUCGCAACUGCAGUCUCGAAAGACCGGGACGGCCCGCGACUUUCAGGAUUGGAUUGAUGAGCUUGCCGAAACCUCAACUCCUCCGGAGCUUCGGUCUGGACUUCUGGAGCCCGCCAGCAGUCCUAGCACAGUCCCAGCGGUGAUUACGGAACGCUAUCUAGCGGACUUGACUAGACGCCUUCAACGCGCUAGGCAUCAAAAAGCUCGCUUCGUUGAUGCAUGGGAUCGUUUAAUCUACACCGCUGCCGAUCUGCAGGCGAUCAUUAACUCCUCCGCAUCGAAGAAGCUUGAGUUCACUCAUCAAUCUCAGCGCUCCGCCUGCCUUGCGCAAUCCAAGUUCCUCACUCCCUAUAUGCGGUACCAACUGUAUACGAAUGUGUACCCAAACUUACGACUAGCCUUUGGAGCGCUCUUUGCAGCAGCCUCGGUGUGCGUCGUAUGGUCCGAGUUAAUUAAGUCGAUAGCACCCCGGUUAUCUGUGGUGACCAUGUCCAUUGUCUCGUAUCAUGAGAGACCAGCGCCGGUCGGAUUUGGACGACAAGUCAUUGCCUCUAUGUGGCUAAUGUAUAUGUGCUCUGCGGCAUUGGUUGGAGUUAAUGAUGCGAAAGUAUGGGGUAACCGAGCAUUGGUGCGUCGAAAUACGUACGGCGAAAGUGCAUGUUGGUAUGCAAGUUUAGUUGCUCGGCUUACUGUGCCAAUUGCAUAUAACUUCUUGACAUUCUUACCGAAGAACGUCCGAGAAAGCACAACAUUCUACCGUUUUCUCGGCCAGUGGAUUGAUUUAACGCCACUUGGAAAAGGCUUCGAUUACUUCUUCCCAGUUGCUAUCCUAAUUCCCAUUGGGGCUACCAUGUUCAACCUUUACGGCCGCGUUAGGAACAUCUGUGGCUUUGGCCUCAUUGAAGAGGAUGACGAUGAUCUGGAAAAUAAUCCCAGCGGUUAUGGGAUAGGCGGCUGGCGAGAAGGUCGCGAGCUGAUUGAACGGGAGCUCAGUGGUCUUGGCUCCCUCGGGCUUUCCGCACGCAAUGAGCGAUCUCCCCGACGUCCAAUCAAUGCGGAUGGGAAUACGCAAGCGUACUCUUCCUCGCGCACGCCCUUGACCGAUGCGUCGCGCCCAUCUAGGUCUAUCCGGAGCGCCGUUGCCAGCACUUCAGUCGUGCAAGAAGAGGAUGAGGACGAGAAUUUUUUUCAGUCUUUCGCACAUCGUGUGAGAAACACGAUUGAGACCGCAGGCCGGCCGCAGUGGCUCCAGAACGAUUCGUUUCGAUUGCCCCGAUGGAUGAGCAAUGAUGGCAACGAUGGUAACAAUGGUCUAGCCCGAUGGUUCGGCGGCCGCCCUGCCAAUGGAGGCAAAAGCAAAUAUAUGCAGAACAAGCACGAUACUUCUCGGCCGAAGUCACCAUCGGAACUAUCCCGUCACGAUGCUUAUGGUGGUAUGAGUGCUUCCACUAUUCGUUGGGAAUACAGCCCCAUUGCCAGCACAUGUCAAGUUUUCAGAUGGAUGGGAUUCUGUUGUACCUCUCUGGGCGAGACGUGUGCUUUUUAUCUGGAUUACAUCACCGCCAGCCUGCCCCCUUCGUUACACUCUCUCCACCAUAAAUUCCUCUUGCCCCUCAUCUCACGCCCCGCCCUCCCAUCGACGCCCCUGCUGCGCGCCCUCUCCUCACCGUCUGACUGGGCUUCAUAUUACAGCACCGACUACAACAAACUUUCCGCCGCUCUUACGCUUGUCACUUGCGCAAUUGCCCUUGUGGUCAUGUCUUGGCGCAACCUCUGGCGUCGUCCCGCACCCCCUCACCAGUCGACGAAUACCGGCGAGCGACCCUAUACCUACCUCACGCCGGAUGACAUUGUCGACCCGCCCUCUCGUCUGUAUAAAGAGGAGGAUGACUCUGAACCGGAUAAGCUUAUUCUGAACCACCGCAAGGUAACCUACGAACUGCAUUUCCCGCCGUACUCUAUCAACGAUGGCACCCUGAGCAUUGGCCAGCUGCGGCAGGCCGCGGCAGAGGUCACGCGUACCGCCGAUCCUAACCGCAUCAAACUGCUUUACAAGGGCAAGCUCCUAGAUGAUGACUCGCUGCCAUGUCGUGCAGAGGGCCUCAAGCAACAGUCCGAGAUUCUGUGUGUUGUUUCAGAAGUACAGUCCGGUACUAGGACUCCUAGCGAUGUAUCCUCUAUUGGGCGGACGAGCGAAGAAACUCCGCGAUUGUCAUCACUAAACAUCAGCGAGAUCACGCCCAGGUCAGAUGGAAGCAAGAAGAACAAGCGCAAGAAGAAGAACAAGGGGAAGAAGAAGUCCAAAGCCGACUCUGACGAUAACGAGUCAUCAACGCCCGCUCAGCGCCCACAACCUACUUCAUCUUCUGACGGCGGCAGCCGUUACGCCUUACCACCGCCAGCACCAAACCUGAACACCUUCCCCACUCCGCUUGGGCAGGUACAAGGUCUGACCGCAUAUUUCCGCAAAGAGAUCGUCCCGCUCUGUAAUCGGUACAUCACGGAUCCGCCGCAGGAUGAGAAAACUCGUGAUUUUGAACACAAGAAGCUCGGCGAGACCAUUCUGGCACAAGUCAUGAUUAAGGCGGACUCCAUUGAAGUUGUGGACGACGAGACUCGGAGUGCGCGAAGGGCCCUGAUUAAAGAGGCCCAGUCUACGCUUAAUCAGGUCGAUGCGGUGGCAAAGGCCUGAAUUACCUUAAACCAGUUAAAAUUAAUCUUCGGACUUCUACCAUUCUUCUCUCGAUCUACUCCUUGCAUUAUACCUACGUCUCUUAAAUAUUUCUGGCUUACCUUUUUGUUGUUUGUGAUUGGGAUAAGUUCUACACCCCGCAUGUAGUCAAGCAUUUCUUUUACAUUGGAUCGGUAAGG